AUGUUAUCUAGGACUUUAUUUCGAGAAGGAACUCUAGUUCGGAGACAGAGACAGAUACAGAGACAAAGACAAAUACCUAGGGUAAGUAUUUUCACCGAAGAAAAUGUAGAUCUUAUUUCCCAUCCCACUUCCAGUGCGUGGUUUAGUAUCGAUCGGGGAGUUAUACUCGAAGAAACAACGGAACAGGAAGAGGAAGAAGAUGAAGGUAUAUCCCCGGAGCAGGAAACAAGAGCCCAAGGUAUAGUAUCACCCGUAUCCCCACUCUCACCUGAUUUAGCUGUUCAAACUCAAGCACAAGCACAGGCGCAUGCCCAUGCAAAUGUAGAAAUUGAAAUCGAACCCGCAACACCUAGUUCAGAACUAGAACCCCAUGCGCAUUGGUAUUUUAAUUAUGCGGAUGCGAAUCAUUAUCAUGAGAAACAUGUUUCGAUCAGGGAGUAUGAGGAAACUACUAAUUUACAACUAUUGCUAUCACCUGAUGCCUCGGUGUCGAGAGAGGAAACGAUGGGAAAAUGGGAGAAAUGGAGGAGUGUUGGGUUGAGCAGAGUAAGGGAAUGGUUGAAGAAGAGGCAGGAACGGAAGGCUGCUGAGAAAGCUGCGGAGAAAUUAGAGAAGGAGGGGGAUUUAGUUGUUGGGGUGAGAGUUCUUGAGGAAGAAGAGAGUAUUAGUGUUGUGGAAGAAGAAGAGGAACGAAAAGGAGCGAGAGGUAAGGCGAAGGAUAUUGUGAGGAGGGGAACAAAUAAAUUGAGGAAACUAUCACCUGAAGGUGGACGUAAGGAGGCGAAGUUGAAGGGCGUCUGGAGGGAAAUGAGGAGGAUUAGAGGGUUUCAACAUAUUGAGUAG